CUUCCUUCAGCAGUUGAAAACUGCUUGGACAGGUUCUCUUUGUGGGCUGGCAAUAUGGGCGCGUUUCAAACCUUGGUGUUGUCACCAGCACCGCUCGAUCUUAGACUCUCUUCAGCGCAGAAUCUCCGGAAAGAUGUAAUUCAGCAGAUGAGAGAGAUCAUAACGGCCAUCCAAGACUUGACCACGAUAAUUCUCCGCAAGUCUCCGAUGAGAAACACUGCUGUUCCUCCAGAUAUCAGAGCCGAUCUAGUAUCAUUUUUUGGACUGGAUGCAAACGUCGAGAUUCACGAUUCGGCUCUAGAAGAGGUGGACAUGCUUCUGCAGGUCAUCUCCAAAUGCAUCACGUCACUGUUCCGUUUGGGCACACUUAUCAGAAAAGAUCCGCAGUCGCCUCUCGAUCAAUACCAAAAACUUGGCAACAGUCAGCUUGCAGGCAGACUGAGUAGUGCAAUUGCCAAAAGAAGGCGUCUCUUCAAAUAUUUUAGCGACAAUAGACUACGGCGAGUCCCCAAUUCGAAUUCAUUUGUUCUUGUUGGCUCAGCUCCUGACAAGCAGACAGACAAAGUGAUGGAGGUCGGGGAAUCACCAUCAAGCGAGAGACCUAAAGAGGGAGCCGACCGUGUUUCCACCACAAGCGCUUCGUCACGGGCGAAAGACCAUUCAGUCUUGAAGUUAUCGCCAAUUGUUGACAUAUCAAACAUGACCAACGAGCCAUUCGAAUGCCCGAUAUGUUUCAACCCAUUGUCUAUCCAGGAUGAACGAACGUGGAAAAAACACACAUCUUGCUAUCUCCAACCCUACAUAUGCACCAUAGGUGGACCAGAUUGUGACGAACUGUUUGACCACCGUGACACAUGGUUUGAACACGAGCUACGAAAGCAUAGGAGCCAAUACAGAUGUACUCUCUGCAAACAAGGAGGCUUCUCGUUUCAGAGCGUGAUAUCUCAUAUUGCGGAACAUCACGGCAACUUCUCCGAAUCCCAGCUAGAGUUUUUGCGACAAGGGAGUCGAGAGACACCAGUUGCCUUUGAUGCCAGAGACUGUCCAUUCUGCGAUAGAUUUCCAGAAAUCUGGGCGUCAAGGUCAAGAGAGCGGGAAGAUGGCCAUAAUUCGGAGACUAUGGUUCCCUUUUACGACUUCAAGGAGCACAUUGCAAUGCAUCAGGAGCGCCUCGCGGUCAUGGUCUUGCCGCAA